AUGGCGGUGCCUUUACCACUCUCUCGUCAGCACAACAUCGAGUUUCUGAACACUAUCGGUGGGAGAAUUCUCGGUCUGCCACUUCCUCCUACCCGCAAGAUUGACCUUGUCGAUGGCAAGCGCGAAAUUCCCAUGAAGGUCUUGUGUCUGGGAUACUCAAGAACUGGCACAUUGUCACUUUUCACUGCUCUGCAGAUGCUCGGGUACAAUCCCUACCAUAUGGUCGAAGCGGCUAAGAAUGCAAAUGUAGAUAUGCCCUGCUGGAUUCAGGGAAUAGAGGCCAAAUUCUGCGGAAAAGGCAAGCCAUGGGGGAAGGAGGAGUUUGAUAAGCUCACAGGGAGAUAUGAUGUGCGUGAAUCAAGCCGUACAUUCGAGUAUCGCAGCUUACUCUCACAGGCUGUCCUUGAUGUUCCUUGCAUUUUGUUCGUAGAAGAGCUUUUGGCGGCGUAUCCUUCUGCCAAGGUUAUCCUGACCGAGCGACCGGUGGAAGGUGAGUUAAAUGUCUUUGUGACAGGCGAAUCGCACGCGCAAGCUGAUUCCUACUGCACAGGCUGGCUGAAAUCGAUGAAAAACUCCCUCGGUGAAGUCUUCUCUUGGAGGCGAUGGAGAUACGUCGCGUGGGCUGACACCGAACUGGCUGCACCUCUAUGGGAGCUGGGCGUGAAGCUGACGAACCUCAAGUGGGGAGGAGGAGACUACUCGGAGAACUCGGUGGCCGCAAAGGAAUAUCUGGAACACUACCAGCUGGUGCGCAAAGUUUGCCCUCCAGAAAGAUUGCUCGAGUUCAAGUUAGGUAGUGGCUGGGAGCCGCUGUGCCAGUUCUUGGGUACAGAAGCACCGGAUGUGCCGUACCCUAACAUCAACGACAAGGAGAUGUUUGUUGGCUCACACAAGGCAAUUCUGGAUAGAGCGACUUACUACGCCAUCCAGAAGGUGCUGAAAUGGACUGUACCGGUUGGGCUGGCCGCGGCAGGAGCAGCGUGGUACUGGCAGGCCUUGAGAUCAUAG